AUGGCACCUGCAAGCGACUAUAAGGUUGCUUCGCUCAAGAGCCACAUUGAGAAGGUGAAGAGCGCAAGCAGCAAAGACAAGAAGACGCCCGCCGCGAAGAAAGCUGCGCCCGUCGCAAAGGCGCAGACCGCCAACAGCCAGAACGCCAACAACCUGUUCGGCAAUAAAAAUGAUGACGAUAGCGACGACUCGGACGAUGCCUCGAGCAACUCCGAUUCCAGCGAGAAUGAUGAAUCUGGCGCUGAUUUCCUCAAGAGGUUGACUGCCGCGAAGAAGCCAAACGGCACUGCAGCAAACACCAAGAAGGACGUCGAAGUCGCAGACAGCCAAGCUGAGCUCCCCAUCAAUACCAAGGCCCAGAAGCCCGUGCCCAAUGGUCGCAAAGCUAAACCCUCUACCACUACGACCACCACUACGGCUUCAUCAAGCAGCAGCAGCGACUCCGACUCGGACGGUCAGGUGAUCACCAGCACGCCCGCCAAGUCCAGGGCCAAAGCAGGCAGCUCCAGCUCCAGCUCCAGCUCCAGCUCCAGCUCCAGCUCUAGUUCCGAGGAAGAUUCGGAGUCGGAGAGCGAGGCUGAGAUGGGUCCCGUGGAGAAGAAGGCCGCAAAUGACGCCGAACCGCCCAAAGCCGUCGAGUCCGACCAGGAUACCUCGAGCGAGGACGACAGUUCCGAGGAAGAGGAGGAGGAAGAAGAAGAAGACGACGGCGCGGUCAAAGGCCAAGCGCUACCUGCCUCGAAGCCAAAGCCCGAAGCAGCGCCGCUGCCCAAAGACAUGAACGUCGACGAUCCAACAUCCGACAGCUCGUCCGAGGAAGACAGCGACAGCGAUGAUGAGGCUGAGCCCGCGCCUGCAUCCAAGCCCAAGUCGAAGCCCGCUACUGCGCCAAAGCCUGCUGCCGCGUCCGCCGCAAAGACACAACCACCAAAGACAGCCUCUUCGAAACCCGCCGAGGCCAGGUCGAAACCAGUAGUGUCCCCCUCGGAUGACGCAUCAUCUGAGGAUGAGGACAUGGCCGAUGCGUCCAUGCACAUUGCAGACCGCAACAUGGACAAGCAGCUGGCCGUGCCCAGCUUCAUUGCGCCGGACUUUAUGCUGCGCAAGAGUGACGAGGGUCUCAAUGGGAAGGAUGUCGCCAAGAUCUGCAGCCAGGCGAACCUCGAGGGGAAACAGCUGUGGUACUUCACCGUUCCCUCCAACGUGCCGAUAUCUGUCGUCCAGAACCUGGAGAUGCCCAUGGACGUUGCCCAGAGGGGCGACAGCGUGUUCUCGCACAAUGGCGAAGACUACGGCGCCCACUUCAGCAACCCGCCAACCAGGAGGACCUACCAGGUCUUGAUUCCGUCCGCUGAUGGUCCCUCGUACCAAACAUCGCCCCGUCAGUUCGACCAAGUCGUGCAGUUCAAGCGCACUACACAACUUGGCCGUUCGUCAGCCGCGAGUGUGGACGGCCCAGCGCCUCCACCUCCAGCUCGUCCUCAGCCCGAGGGUCUUCGAUCUCGGUUCACCCCGAUUGGCGUCUACGACCCGGCGAGUUUGGACCGCACACAACAGAUCAAGGAUGGGAAUGACGUUGAGAUGACUGAUGCGCCUGCCGCCACGGGCUUGAGCCAGAAGGAACAGGCGAAAGCCGACAAGGCUGCGGCCAAGGCUGCGCGAAAAGCCAAAAAGGCCGCUUCCGCCGCCUCCACCCCAUCAUUGAAGAGGAAGGCCACCGCAUCUGAGCAGGAUGCCGAGGAGGCCGCGACACAGCUUCUGGAAGAGACGCAGAAGGCCAGCAAGGUGGCCAAGAAACAGAAGAAGGCGCGUGUUGCCAGCCCACCACCGCAGGAGACGGCGGCCAGCGAGCUGCCCAAGCCCACAGAGACGGCCGCGCCAGCUCCCAAGGCCAAGGCGCCCAAGAAGUCGAAGAAGGCGUCUGCUGUGUCGGACACCACCAACGGCACCACGAACAACACCAGCACCACCACUGCUCCCAAGGUCAGCACGCCCGUGCCUCUUCCCCCUAUCCCGUCCUCCUCGCAGGCUGCCCCCAGCGCGCCUGUUUCUGCGGCCGCCCCGGCGACACCAGCCGCGAAGAAGGCGAAGAAUAGCAAGACGCCCAAGACGCAGGGCAGCAGCACGUCCGCCGCGCCCAUAGCCGCCUCCAAGAUGACACCGGUUCCGCUGCCCAGGACCUCUUCGAGCUAG